AUGCAGGCUAUAAAUUUAUCUAGUCCUCAGUUCCUUCGAAGACUUGAUGCACGGAGCUUGAGGAGUCUGUCUGGAGUUCGCAUUAAUGAGCAAAUUGUGCAGCUAGUACCGAAUGCUGAGACGUUCCAAGUUCUGUUGCGAUGCAUAAAACUAUGGGCUAGGAGGCGAGGACUUCAUUGCCAUCUGCUUGGUUUCUUUGCUGGGAUUCAUUUGGCGAUUCUUGCAGCAUAUGUUUGUCAGAAAUAUCCUAAUGCCUCUGUCAAUGGUUUGUUCACCAUGUUCUUUGAGAUAUUUGCUAACCGGCCUUGGCAAAUUCCAGUAGACCUGCAUGGUCAGCCAUUUAAAUGUAGGCGUCCAGAUGGGUGUUUAAUGCCCAUAGUGAUGCCUUGUACUCCACCGGAGCUCUGUGUGUCUAAUAUGACAGAAGGUACCUUCAGGAAGAUCAGAGAGGAGCUUAUGCGUGGUUAUACUUUGACAAAGGUCAGUAAGUGUAGAUAGUUUCACUUAUAGUUG